ACGAUACAAAAUUCCUUCAGGUAACGGACUUGCGGAAGAGGCUUGACGAGAUGAUUCUGUGUUUUUUUUUAUAAAGGAUAAGGUUUUGGCCCACCCCCGGCUCUUUCGUCGGAGCAUCCUACUUGGGGUGCAGCCGUCGGAAGAUCCGCAACCGAUCGGAUUUUCAUAACAGAGUUUGCAUGAAUCAGCCUUGGCCGAGCAAUGCUACGAUACAAAAUUCCUUCAGGUAAAGGGGCGCUACAGAAAAAGGGCUGGGCGCUAGUAGAAUGGCCCGGGCGCUCACAAAAGGUCCUCACCGCCUCUUCCUUUCACCAAUCCUACGUGGCAAUGUUCGUAUGGAAAUUUCCAACGUAUUCCUAGUGUCUGCUGUCCAUUGGGGGCUUUGCCAAGAAAAGUCCGUCUCCACAAUUUCAUGAUGAGACAUGACGACGUUCGUGUCACAUGACUGCGCGUGAAAGCGUGACUCAUGCUUUGCAUCCCAGGGCAUUCCUUUGGGAAAUAUCGCAAGACACAAAUCUCUCGAUCUAGACCAUGGUGCCUUUAGAAAUCACUCCGUUGAAUAAUGCAGACUGGAAGCCGCAGGCUCGGCUUGACAAGCUUCAGCAGCAACAUCCAAAUGCCUCCCUUCCCGUCUUGGUCAUAAUGGCCUUGCUGGACAUUAUGAAAGACAGUAAAGCCUCUUCUACAUUCGAGUUUCUGGAACAUGCGAAAGCAGCCACCACUGCUUUCAAGCAGCUGCCCGAAAAGAAUGCCUCCAUGAUCGCGGGCGCGGACCUGUUUCUUCACCCGUUAAAGACACACUCGGAACACAUUCGAGACGUUGAGGAUUGGAAAAAGAGCAUCUUUGCUCUUUUCGAAAAACGCUUAGCAGAGUACGCCAAGUUUAGGGAAAGGGCCGCAGACAAAGGGCUCCAAUUUAUCAAGGAUGAUGCUGUUAUUUUGGUGCACUCAUAUUCCCGCGCUGUGAUGAUGCUACUGCAAAAAGCCCGGCAAGGGAAUAAGCGAUUUAAAGUGUUUGUCACGGAAACGAGGCCAACGACAAGUGGUACGAAGGCCGCGGUGGAAUUGAGGGCAGCAAAUAUUCCAGCAGAAUUAAUUUUGGAUGCUGCCGUGGGAUCCGUAAUCGACCGAGUUGAUAUGGUUAUUGUUGGUGCUGAGGGCGUUGUCCAGAAUGGUGGCGUUAUCAACCAGAUUGGAACGUACCAAAUCGCAGUUGUGGCAAAGGCAGCCAACAAGCCCUUUUAUGCAGUGACCGAGCAAUACAAGUUUGUCCGUCUCUUUCCACUAAAUCAAGAAGACCUUCCCAUUGCGUCACCGCCAUACUUUGCCAGCUCGGAGGACAGAAAUACAAUAGUGGCGAAAAAUCCACAAAUAGAUUACACCCCGCCACGGUAUAUCAGCCUUUUGUUUACAAACAUCGGCGUCCUCACACCAUCUGCUGUCAGCGAGGAGCUUGUAAAGUUUUACAUGUCAUGAUUAUCAAUUGUACAUUAAUUUAUCAUAUGCGCUUCUCUGAGUAUUCUGGUCGUUUUGC